AGGUUUGACACUUUACAUUCACUGAUUUCUUUUUCUUACAAUUUGCGAUUAUGCGAUACUUACGUGGACAAGUGCAGUGGUAAUAAAGUAUAAAGUUUCUAAGUCACAAAAGGCUGCAAAAUGGUUACAAAUUUUUUGAUACCGGUCUUAGUAAUUGCUUUAUUUAGCGGCGCGCAAGCCCAAAGCUGCCAAAAUCCUCAGGUUGAAGCAACUUCAAUCACAAGUUUGGAUGCAACGAUAGUCACACAAAUAGCUUAUAUUACAGAAUUUACACUGAAAUGUGAUAAUCCUUUUCCUGCAAACUACGCGUUGUAUGCUGAGGUGGAUGGAAAACCAUUGACAGCUGCGCGCAUUGGUGAAAAUAGAUACCAGAGUCCUUGCAGCCGUGAACACAAUACUUUUUACUAGAAAUAUUGAGGAGAUGAAGAGUCCCUGUCUCUAAAACAACACUCAAAAUAUAAGAAUCUUUGUCUCAAACUCUCAUAAACGCAAUAAUUUGAAUUGUCUGUAUGUCAGAUUGGAGGAAUUUGCACUCAACUCAAUGCGACCAUUUUAAAAAUGUUGUCAAAUAGGUUGUUGAAUCUCCUAACCACAUAGCGUUUUAAUUUUAUCUUCUUACAUCAACAGAGGCGACAUCUUGUGCCAACAGAUGGAUCUAGUACAUUAUAAUACGACAAAAUCUAAAAACUACGUUUGAUAGACUUUGAUAGAGUUCUUUUGGUUCAUCUAAAUUUAGUAUAAUAAUAAUUGCGUUUUUCAAGCAUUAAUGUACCUACUAAAGCCCGGUACACAUGCAGCGACUUUAAUCGACGGUGACUCGCUAGCGACUUAUGACUUUUGUGUCUAUAUUAUAGCGAUUUAUCAGUAUUCGUUUCGCAGUAGAAGGCAGUAGACGCAAAGAGUAUAAUAAUAUAUAGGGGAAAGUAGAUGUGUAUACCGGUGUCUGUUAUUCACCUUUUUAUUUGUGAACGUUUCUUUGUAAUGUCCGAAGAAAGGCGUCGAAUGUUACUAGCGCCAGCAGCCGUUUGCAUAUAUGACAAAGAGAGAGAAAAGAAAAAUAGAAGAUGUUGGGCGAAAAAAUGGUUACUUCAAAGACCAAGAUAUUCGCAUAUAAAUUUAAUGGCCGAGCUAGCACUACAAGAACCGAACGAUUUUAGAAACUAUUUACGAAUGGACUCUUGUACAUAUCAACAGUUGUUGUCUCUGUUGGAGCCAAUGCUAACAAAACAAGAUACGUGCAUGAGAAAAGCGAUAACAGCUCACGAUUAUCAGCUACAUUGCGAUUUCUAGCAACCGGACGAUCUUAUGAGGAUUUACAAUACAGCGUUGCAAUAUCUAAGCAAUCUCUAAGCAAGAUAAUUCCAGAAACAUGUGAUGCGAUCAUAGCUACAUUGCAAGAAGAAUAUUUAAAGUUUCCUGAAACUGAAGAAGAAUGGUUAAACAUAGCAAAAACAUUUGAAGAAAGGUGGCAGUUUCCUCAUUGCUUAGGAGCUAUAGACGGGAAACAUGUAAAAAUUGUGCCCCCAGCAAAUAGUGGAUCAUACUACUUUAACUAUAAAAAAGAUUUCAGCGUUGUUUUAUUAGCAAUAGCAAAUGCAAAUUACGAAUUUAUAAUGGUAGAUAUAGGAAUUAAUGACCGAAUAUCUGAUGGUGGAGUUAUUAAUAGAAGUAUAUUUUAUGAGAAACUAAACACAGGAUCCUUAAAUAUUCCUAGGGUAGCAAGGAUAAUGAAUAGUGAAACUGUUUUGCCAUACGUCUUCGUGGGGGAUGAUGCAUUUUCUUUACGCCCAGAUUUGAUGAAACCUUACCCAGGUCCAUACUUAAGUCCUCAACAAAGAAUAUUCAAUUAUAGACUAUCAAGAGCCCGUCGUAUUAUUGAAAACGUUUUUGGUAUUUUAGUCAAUCGAUUCCGAAUAUUCAAAACUUCAAUCAAUUUAGAUGUGAAAACCAUUGACAAAAUAGUAAUGGCAGCAUGUAUAUUGCAUAACUUUUUACGUCGAAAUUGUAAUCAAUAUAUCCGAGUGGGUGUGGAUAUUGAAAAUUUAGAAGAUGGCAACAUAAGCACAGGUUACAGAGCCAACAACGAAUUGUUAGAUUUACAAAUAACGAAUCAAGGUCAAAGUCAAACCAUGGCUAGAUAUGUUCGAGAUCAAUAUAUGCAAUAUUUCAAUAAUGAGGGUAGUGUUUUGUGGCAAAACCGUUUCACUAAUUUAAAUACCUUUACAUAAUGUUAUUUGAUAACAAUAUGAAUAAACAAAUAUAGUAUACGAGUCCUAAAGC